AUGUCCUGUCCAGCUUGUUUCAGUGGCUCAGUCCACGACCACGCCGAGCCCAAAGGCACAAUCGAAACCAUCCACGGCAUCCGCACGUACGUCGCAGGUGGUAGCGAUCCGUCCAAGAGCAAAUCGACAAUCAUCUACCUUCCCGACAUCUUCUCGUUGAAACUGGUCAACAACAAGAUCCUCGCCGACGAGUACGCAGCGGGGACGGGAUGUAAAGUGUACCUUCCAGAUGUUGUUUACGGAGGCGGCAUGUCCAUAGAGCUCUUGCACAAGAUGGACGUCCUCCGGACACCAAAUGCAAAAUGGACCGUCGGCGGCGUCCUCGCCAAGGCCUCCGCUCUCGUCACGCUCAUCGUUCAAGCCGUGCCCUUCAUGAUGCACGCCCACCCCGAGAAGGUCUACCCGCAGGUCCUGGCGUACGCGCGCGCCGUCAAAGCCGACCUGCCCGAAGGCGGCAAGCUCGGCGUCGCCGGGUUCUGCUGGGGCGCGUGGCCGAGCACAAAGCUCUGCGCCGAAGCAGCCCAGGAGGGAACAAGCACAACCGCCGCCGCCGCCGACGACGACGUCAGCAAAGUCAGGCUCAUCGACGCCCAGUUCAACGGUCACCCAAGCUACAUUAUCAAGACGCCCCAGAUGGUCGUCGACGCCAUCUCGAAAUUCAAGGUCCCCUACACCGUCGCCGUGGCCGUUGAAGACAUGCAGUUCAACAAGGCCGAGGCCGAAAAGGUCGAGGCCUUGGUGCGGUCCCAGGUGGGCGAGUCCGGCAGCGGCGGCUGCACGUACGAGUUCAGAAUGUACGACGGCUGCGUCCACGGCUUCUGCGUCCGUGCCCCCGUCGGCAAGAACGACGACGUCAACGAAAAGGGCUUCGCCGAGAGUAAAAAGCACGCCAUCGAUUGGUACAAUAAGUACUUGAAUUGA